AUGAAAGCAAAGACCAUCGAGAUCAAUUGGCACGACGGCCUCGCUAUUUACUCGGUCGACUAUUCAUCGGAUGGCAUUCGGUUCGCUAGUGCUGGUGCAGACACCUCUGUUCGACUGUGGAGCAUCAAACGACGUGCAGACAAUAGCAAAGACAACAACCAUAACAAGACUGGUCUUCCUGUACAUAUCGAAUUUCUCUCAGAGCUCAAGCGACAUUCUGGUCCUGUCAACGUGGUUCGAUUUUCUCCUUCAGGCGAGUAUUUGGCAUCUGCAGGAGAUGAUUCGUGUGUGAUUAUCUGGAAACGAUCCAUUGUUGGUGAAUCAGCCUUUGGAAGGGACAAUGCUGAAUUUGAAAAGGAGUCAUGGAGUGUGGUCCAUAUGUUCCACGGCCACAAUAAGGAGAUUUACGAUUUGGCAUGGUCGCCAUGUGGGGAAUACAUUAUCACAGCAAGCAUCGAUAAUACAGCUCGAGUAUGGAGUAUUGGUGCACGCAAUACCAUCCACGUGUUUACAGACCACACGCAUUAUGUCCAAGGAGUAGCAUGGGAUCCUCUCGGAGAAUAUGUUGCAACACAAAGCAGCGAUAGAUCCGUGGCUGUUUACCAUUACAAACAGGAUUCACAACGACGGCUACAUUUUGGAGCGGCAAAACGACAUUACAAGAUGAACAAGACGGCUGAGAGCACAUCCACUCGAUUCUAUCAUGACGAAAAUCUUGUCACAUUCUUUCGGCGAUUAUCCUUCAGUCCAGAUGGGACGUUCCUGAUUACACCUGCAGGAGUAAUGACAGCUGGAGCCGAGGAUGGGGAUAGCAAUGUUAUGCAUUGUGCAUUCAUAUACCCCAGGAAUACAAUUCGCAAGCAUCCUAUUGCACACACCAGCAAUCACAAUAAGCCUACCAUUGCCGUACGUUGGUCUCGCCACGCCUAUCAAUUACGACCCACCAAGAAAUCAAAGCUCUUCACGCUUCCACAUCGAUUGUUAUAUGCCGUUGCCAGCCAAGAAGCCAUUUACAUUUAUGAUACCCAACAAAGCAAACCAUUGUGUGUCGUCUCUGGCAUGCAUUUCGCUCCCAUCACCGAUGUCAGCUGGUCGCAUGAUGGAACGAUGUUGGCAUUUUCGUCCGCUGAUGGAUAUUGUUCAACGGUCGUAUUUGACGAGGAGGAACUCGGGGUCAUUGGCAAGUUACCAGCUCGUGAAUCGAUUACAAUGACGACAUCCAUUGACAAUGACAUUCCAUAUGAGCAACAUCAUCAACAACAACAACAUGCAACCGAAAAAGAUGUAGUGAUGAUGGAUAUCAGCUCACCUCCUCAACCCACACGAGUGGAAAAGCGCGCAGCCAUAGCAACGGUGACACCACAAGCGGACAAGACCAAGAAACGGCGAAUUGCCCCGACGCUCAUCUCAUCUUCCCUAACGUCGUCGACAAUCUCACCUUCUUCCUCAACCAGUCGAAUAUUCCCCAAUGAAACACAAAAUCAAGGUUGA